AUGCUUACAGAAUGUGAAAGGAUUCUUGGUCAUGGCCUUCUACGACUUCCGGCGGAGCACAACUACCGCUACGGCCCCGCGGCGGAGAAAGCCCUGCUGGAGCUCCUCUUCCGUUCCAUGACCGGCCACAACGACGAACGUCUUCGUCAGCUAUUCCCGAAUGGACCACCAGCUGGACUGUGGAAGUUGGCCGAGGCUCAAGGCGCAGUUGAAGGCGCCGAAUACACAGAAGCCGCGCGCGGUAAACGUUGCGGGCAUAUCCUUCGAGCUGGGGAGGCAACAUAUCGAUGCAACACUUGCGGAGUAGACGAGACCUGCGUCCUUUGCAGUAGGUGCUUUGAUUCUUCCGAUCAUACCAACCAUCAGUACCAGAUUUAUGUGUCACCGGGGAACAGCGGCUGUUGCGACUGCGGAGAUGAAGAGGCGUGGCGGAUCCCCGUGCACUGCGCGAUUCAUACAGACAAUGGGGAACGUAAAGGGAAGGAGCGCGUACGUGCCCGUCUCCCAGAGGAUUGGGUGAAUAAUAUCAGGUUGACCAUUUCCCGCGCGCUUGAUUACUUCGCCGAUGUGAUAUCGUGCUCUCCGGAACAACUUCGUCUGCCGAAGACAGAAGAAGGGAUUAGGCAAGAUGAAGUGGCGUCUCGUCUGCAUGCCGGAUGGUACGGCGAGGGAGAUGCUCCAGAAGAGGAACCGGAAUUCGCACUCUGCCUUUGGAAUGAUGAGAAGCACACGAUGCAAGACGUCACUAACCAAGUGAGCCGAGCCUGCCGGGAAAGGACUAGCUAUGGGAAGGCGAAAGCCCACGAAACGAACGAUAUUGGGAGAAGCGUUGUCAAAUAUGGGAAAGACCUCAAAACACUGUUAGGGGUGUCGAAGAUCAUUGAACAAAUCAAGAUCACCACUACAAUCCGAUCCUCCCGCGACACGUUCCGUGAGCAGAUGUGCGGAACUAUUGUUGAAUGGCUGGCGGAUAUCGCCGGGUGUAGUAUCCUCGAUGACAACCAGAUACUCCGUCAGCUAGUCUGUGAGGAGCUCCUGGGACCCUGGAGACGCGGCAGUGGCGCUUUCAACGCCGACAUUGGUCGACAAGGCAUUGACGACCAUUCUGGAAUGGAUUUAUUAGAAAGAUUACGUGCUAUUGGCACCGUCAUGGUACGUGUGACGCCGCAAGGCCAGGGUGUUGCCCCGGACGAAGACGACGACGAUGACGAGAUAGAGAAUGAGAAUGACGAGGCAAAUGAGGAUGAAGGUGAAGUUGACGAGGAAUUUGUCGAGGCUCAAGACGAUGCUGAUGACGGAGACGACGAGAUGGAACUUGAGCUCACUCGGUUGCGCGAAGACAUUGCAGACGAUGAUGUAGACAUGGUGAUGGGCGGUACAGAGGACGUUUUGCAAAUGGCCCAAACCAUUUUUGGCUUCAACUCUCCACUCCAAGGACAACAAACUGAGCGACAGGAGCGGCAGGAGGAGCAGCAGCAGCAGCAAGAGUCAGUCCAGACAAGCAAUCCUCCCCAGGUUUCCUCUGGCGGACAACACAGUGAAAACCGUGACGCCCAAGGAGUUUCACACAACCAGGGGAACAUGCUGCAUACGCCAAUUCCUAAAACUCCUCGUGGCGUGCGCCGUUUCCCUUCGACAACGACGCCGGGCUACUGGCAAGUUCGCCCCUCCGCUCCUGUGACCGGCGAAAAUGUGCCUCUUUAUGAGGAUUUAUGGCAGCGCACCCGACUUGAUUGGAUGAUUCUAUUUGACCUGAGAUUGUGGAAAAAGGCCCGUACUGAUCUUCGCGAUCUUUAUCUCAGCACUGUGGUGAACGUGCCACAGUUCAAGAGGGUCAUGGGUCUACGUCUAUCUACCCUAUAUAGCGCGCUGGCACAGCUAUAUUUGAUCGCUGAUAGGGAACCAGAUCAUUCGAUCCUCAACCUGAGUGUGCAGCUUCUAACCACCCCCUCAAUCACCGAAGAGAUUGUACAGCGUGGCAACUUCUUGACUAAGGUCAUGGCGAUCUUAUACACUUUCCUUACGACCAGGCAGGUGGGCGAACCGUACGAAGUCAAUACCACUGCAACGCUGUCUUUCGAUGCGGGCUCCGUAAACAAUCGACGCCUUAUCCAUUUCUUCAACGAUCUACGGUUCUUAUUGCAGUCAGAGUAUGUACAGAAACGUGUGCGGACUGAGGAACAAUACGUUCUUCAAUUCCUCGAUUUAAUCAAGCUUACUCAGGGCAUCUGCCCUAACGUGCGCGCUGUCGGUGAGCACGUGGAGUACGAGAAUGAUGCCUGGAUUAGUGCGUCAAUCCUGAUGCGGGAGAUCAAUCGACUGUGCAUCGUUUUCCGUGAAUCGUUCAAGAAACCAGAGCUUGAUGGGGGUCAGAAUUUGCUACGGGCUAUCACAGUGGCUACGAUUUCUACCAUAGUUCAUUCAGUUGGCUGUGAACGUAAGCGGUUUGAACAGGCUGAAAUCAAGGAUGACGUCCAUUUCAAGAAUCUGCAACCGUUCGAUUUCGAGACUGAUCAACUUGGGACGUUUCAGCGUCAUCGUGUUGUGGACUUUCUUGUGGAGAAAGGUGCAAUGAGCUUCCACCAUGCCCUCCACUAUACUCUCUCCUGGCUGCUAGAUUGUGCUCGUGGCAUGAGCCAAGAAUUGCUGCGUGAAGUGCUCUUCAGCGCAGCUGAAGCCGCUAACGACAAGUACAUCUUCGACAGUGAUCUUACGCCGGAAGACCUACUGCUCGCAAUGUUCGACUAUCCUCUAAGGGUGUGCGCCUGGCUGGCGCAGAUGAAAGCGAAUAUGUGGGUACGCAACGGCCUCAGUCUACGCCAUCAAAUGUCACAGUAUCGCGGGGUGUCUUUCCGAGAAAUGGGCUACUAUCGCGAUAUCUUUUUGCUCCAGACCGCCUUGGUGACGUGUAACCCUAGCAGGGUCCUUGCUUCCAUUGCGGAUAGGUUCGGCGUCGUGGAUUGGAUGACCAGGAAUUAUACUGCGCGUGCUGGAUACGAAGAUUCAAAGAUACUUGACGUAGUGGAGGAGUUUGUUCUUUUGUUGAUUGUUCUCUUGACUGAUCGACACUCGCUCACCAUUGAUGGCGAUGGUGACCAGGCAACGUACCAGAAUAUGAGUCGGGAAAUCGCACACGUUCUAUGCUUCAAGCCUCUAUCAUUUUCUGAUCUGUCAACCCGCUUGAGCGAUCAGGUGCGGGACUCUGAUCAUUUCCAAGACGUUCUGGAGGAGGUUGCGAGAUUCCGACCACCUGAAGGGCUGAACGACAGCGGAACAUUCGAACUCAAGCCAGAAUAUAUCAGUCUAAUCGACCCUUAUAGCGCUCAUUACUCGAAGAAUCAACGAGACGAGGCCGAGAGUGUCUACAGGGAAUGGAUGGCGAAACAAACAGGGAAGAAGGCUUCUGAUAUCGUUUUUGAGCCUAAGUUACGACCUUUGGAGUCUGGUGCCUUCGCCGACCUGGCACGCUUCACGCGAACUCCGCUAUUUGCCCAGAUUAUGCACCAGUGCCUAGAUUAUGUGAUGACUUCCAAGGACCGUACUCCUGGGAUACCACCUACUCGUGUUGAAACGUUCCUCCAGGUCGUUCUUCAUCUAAUCCUUUCAGCUACCCUUGAAGACCACACGGAUGAAGACAGGAACGAUGACCAAUCUGCGGAAUCUUUUGUGUCACACGCAUUAACGAAGGUCAGAUCAACGCAAAUGGGCAACUUGACUAUUGUUGGUCUCCUGGAAAAGAUCUCCUCAAUGCCUGAGUAUUCUGCGUGUGGGCCGAGAAUCCGCCACAUUCUAAAGCGUCUCUGGCAAAAGCGGCCUCGUACCUACAGUUCUGCUACGGCUUCCCUGAUGUUCCCAUUUGAUCGUAUCGAUACAAACUCACCUGCCAUUGACACCGAGAGUGAAAAGGAGUUGAAGAAAAAACAGGCCCUCGAACGGCAAGCCAGGGUAAUGGCUCAAUUCCAGCAACAACAACAGAAUUUCCUCAACAAUCAGGGAGGCUUCGAUUGGGGCGAUGAGGAUUUUAGUGACAUGGAGUCUGAGCCCGAGGUAACGCCAGAGACCAAAAUCUGGAAAUAUCCUAGCGGCACUUGCAUCCUCUGCCAGGAAGAAACCAAUGACUCGAGGCUUUUUGGUACAUUUGCCCUGGUCCAGGAGAGUAGCAUUCUAAGACAGACUGAUAUUCAGGAUGCGGACUUUAUUCGAGAGGUACUCAAGACACCUUCAAGCCUAGACAAGUCCGCUGAACAUCUCCGCCCAUUUGGCGUUGCGGGUGAAAAUCGUGCCACAGUUCGGCGGCUAGACUCAUCCGGUGGGGAGGUUAUCAGCGAGAAAAUUGGGUUGAGCAAAGGAUUCAACGCUAAGAAUACUGUGCGUGGUCCAGUUACAACUGGUUGCGGGCAUAUCAUGCAUUAUUCGUGUUUCGAGGUAUAUUACUCGGCCACCCAACGGCGUCAUGCGCAGCAGAUUGCCCGUAAUCACCCGGAGCGUCUAAAGCAUAAGGAGUUUGUCUGCCCUCUGUGUAAGGCUCUGGGUAACGCCUUCCUCCCUAUCACCUGGAAGGGCAAGGAAGAGUCGUACCCAGGCCCAUUGAGCACAAAGGUGUCGUUCGAGGAGUUCAUGGACCACGAGGUCAAAUCUGUUCUCUCCCCUAAGCAUAAAAUUAAUUACGCCCUGCUGUCAGACAACAGUGAGCUGCAAUUACAGGCGUACCAAGGGUUAUUCCGGGACUAUCUUCACAGAUCGCUCGUACCUCCGCUUGCGGAUAAGGUGGAGCAGCUGUUAUCGUCUUCGCUCUCUUCAACCGCGCAUUUGGUGCCACAACCGCGAUUACCCAUGCCUGGCUUGUUCCCACAGCAGGAUGAUCUUUCAUCUCCGAAUUCCCCCCAACAAUCCCUGGCCUCCAGUGAUACGCCGAUGACUGAGCUUCUGCAGAUCUACGCACGGCUGAAGCAGACCCUUCGGCUGAAUCAGAUCUAUUCAACCUUUAGCCAUCCGCCAGAGACUCUGGGCAAUGAUGAUAUUAUUCACACAGACUCUUUAUUCCAGAGCUUCGGCUUCAGUAUUGCUGCGGUUGAAAUCGCUCAACGUGGUGUUGAAUCCGAGCCAGGCUGCACGCUCCUUGACAAAAUACCCCAAUUAACGUUGACGCACCUUCGUGUCCUGGCUGAAACUGCAUUGACAUACGCAUCAGUCGGUGGUUUACAGAGCAAAGGCGGAAACCAAAGUCGGUCCCUGGAAGAGUUCCGUGAGAUGCAUCACCAGAAGCUAUGCCAGCUGUUUGUGGGCCAUCCAUUCUUUGAAGGUACAUCACUCCUCGCUGAUGUCCACCAAAUCGAGCCACUAUUCGCGAAGGACACGUUCGUGUUUCUUGCCGAAUGUUCACUUGCCCUUCUUCCUGUCCUGGAUAUUGAUGUCCGCCACUUGGUGCAGAUGUGCUAUGUCGCUGAGAUUGUCAAGGUUGCCACCACGUACAUUGUCUGGCCCAUAGGACUAAAGGAAGAGCUGGCCCAGAAUGGUGAUGCGCAUUACUUGUUAGAUAUGGAACUUUCUGACGAACGGUUUGAGGUCACUCGGCAGUUCUUCAACACUGUGGUCUCGGAGCUCAAGGCAAACUCCGUAGGCAGAGGAAUAGGGUCUUCGCAUCCAACUGAACUAGGCUAUGUCAAAGAGGGCGAGGAUUCAGCAACCCCCGGCGUGAUCAUUGCUCUACACCGCCUCAUAUCAAGCUACGCCCUAACCUUCCUGCGAAAAGCGGUCAUUUUACUUCAUGUGCAACAUGGCGUCGAGUUCCCCAGCACAGGCUUCGGCGACGUGGGCGCGUCAGAGCUGGAUCGCUUAACCAAGAUUCUGAAUAUGCCUUCUCUUGACGAAAUAUUUGCUUCAGUGAAGCCUGCUCGCAAGAGCGGUAAGCCCCUCGACGCCAUGAUCUCAGGCUGGAUCUUCCACUGGAACGCAUCUCGUGCUGGCGUUCGUAUCGGAGACCACAAACUAUGGCCUAGCCUUUCGCACCCAGCCAUCUUCGAACUAGUCGGCCUACCCAAGUACUUCGACAGCUUGAUUGAGCUCGCCAACCGGCGCCGGUGCCCAAAUUCAAAGAAGGAGCUCACCGAUCCAAGCAUCUGCCUCUUCUGUGGAGACAUCUUUUGCUCCCAGGCCGUUUGUUGCCAGGAUAGCAACACCAGAUGGGGCGGGUGCAACCAGCAUGUUGUGAAGUGCGGCAAAAACAUCGGCCUCUUCAUCAACAUCCGUAAAUGCGCCGUCCUCUAUCUCCACAACCAGAGCGGCUCGUGGCACAACGCCCCCUACCUCGACCGCCACGGCGAAGUUGACAUGGGUCUCCGCCGCAACAGGCCGCUCAUGCUAAACCAGAAACGCUACGAUCGGCUUCUUCGCGACGUCUGGUUGUCGCAUAGUGUUCCGGCGACCAUCAGUCGCAGGAUGGAGGCUGACAUCAAUAAUGGAGGGUUUGAGACUAUCUGAUCCCUCUUCAUCAUCUAUCGUUAUUUGUGCAUGAGUAUACGUGGAUGGGAGGAACGAGGACGACGAAUGGCUUGUUCAAAAUUAGACGGUAUCUUUUUCUUCCUUGUAUCUUCUUCUGGCAACCUUUGCUUUCUGAAUAGUAUUGGUUUAUUUGCUCAUUCCUGCUGCUGUUGCGCGCAAAAGAGUCAUAGUUUAGGUGUACGGUUUCUGCAGCUGUCUAUUGGGAUUUGCAUUUGAUUGUAUUUAUCCCAUGCGGCAAGAUGACUCAAGUUCCUGGUUUGAGCUAUAUGUCCAUAAUCAACCAACAAUUGCCGGCUUUCGCCUC